GCGUGCACACCUACCCACCACCAUGGAUACUGUUCUCGGUGCAAGCUUUGCCAUCGGUCUCGCGGCGGUCAGUCGCAAUGUAAUUGCAAACACCUACACUCUGGCAGCAGCCGCAUUCUUCAUCUUUAUCGUGGUAAGGACGAUUGCUGCACGGAUUGCACGACCACCAUACCCUCCUGGACCAUCUGGUUUGCCAAUCCUUGGCAACACAUUGCAUAUCCCUCAAUUCCGCCCAUGGUUGACAUACUCGGAGUGGGCCGCGAAGUAUGGAGAUACCAUACAUCUUGAAGCACUCGGCGAGCACAUAAUCGUGCUCAACUCUAGCCGAGUUGCGAGGGACCUGCUGGAUAAACGGUCAGCUAUCUAUUCUGAUCGUCCGCAUUUCGUCAUGGCGGGUGAACUUUCAGGAUACGGCGCAGAAUUGCCCCUCCAGAACUACAACAAUGCCUUCAGGGCGCAGCGCAAGAUCGUCGCGCAGACGUUCAAUCCAUCCAUGGUCUCGCGCUACUAUCAUAUUCAAGAGGCCGAGGCGCGCAAGCUCGCAAAGAGCAUUCUCGAUGACCCGAGCGCGCUCAUCUCACAGACCAAGUUCCGGAUUGCGUCCAUCAUCAUGCGCGUCACAUAUGGCUACACGGUGAAGGGCGAGGACGACCCAAUGAUCACGAUUCCCUUCACCUCGAUGGACAACUUCAGCAGGGCGACAGAGCCGGGCAUGUGGAUGGUCGACCUGAUUCCUCAACUCAAGUAUCUCCCCGAGUGGACACCCGGGGCAACCUUCUUGCGCACGGCGAAGAAGUGGAAACAGCUUGAAUGGAGCGCAUCAUGGAACCCAUAUCGGUGGUGCAAGGACAACUUGGAGACUGGCGCGGCGCUGACUCCCAGUCUUUGCGCGACUGCACUGUCGCAGGCAGGCGGCAAGCUGUCAAAGGAGGACGAAGAGACUCUGGUCUGGGCGGCCUCAUCAGGCCUGGGCGGCGGGUUGGACACGAACAUGUCCACCAUCUUCACGUUCAUACUCGCAAUGUUGCACUAUCCGGAUGUUCAGGCGAAGGCCCAAAAGGAGAUCGACAUGGUAGUGGGCACAGACAGGCUGCCGUCGAUCAAGGAUAGGCCCGCGCUUCCAUAUGUACGGAGCCUCAUCGCGGAGGUAUACAGGUGGAACCCAGCUGUCCCCCUCGGACUCCCGCAUGCGUUAAGCCAGGACGACGUGUAUGAAGGGAUGUUUUUCCCGAAGGGCGCUGUCGUCAUGCCCAAUGUCUGGCACAUGCUACAUGACUCUGCCGUGUACCCAGAUCCAAUGGCGUUCAGACCCGAGCGCUUCGAGGAUUCGGACGCAGAGAUGCGCAAGGUGACAGACCUCGCGUUUGGGUUCGGGCGGCGUGCUUGUCCGGGGUACGAUUUCGCAGAAGGUACGGUCUUCGCGGUCGUUGCGACGAUCCUCGCGACGAGCACGGUAAAACGUGCAGUGGACGAGCGCGGAAAGGACAUCAUGCCCGAGGUAACGUACACGAGCGGGACAAUUGUGUUUCCGGAGAACGUGAUAUGCAGCUUGGAGUCGCGCUCGCCACGUACUCGUGACAUGCUUCUACAGGCGGUGUCUCUAGCAUAA